AUGUUUUGGGGUUCGCGAAAAGAAGAGGAGACCCCCGAGGUGGAUCAAAAGCCCAUUUCUCGGAGCAAGCUUCCUCCUCAACUGCAACAACUGGUGGAUCGCGACGAUGCGUUCUACGAUGACAUUUACUCCUCCUACUCCGUCGACUCCAAAGAAACCCCCUACCGGUACGCCGGUUACGCCAAUCGGCUACGCACCGUACUUCUCUCCGCGCAUCGCUAUGUCGCCUACACCUCCGACAUUGGCGAGUCCUUCCGCCCUGUCGCCCAUCCCUACCUGGUGCGCUCGGCUUACGGAAUCUCCUGGACUUAUCUGAUCGGCGACGUCGUUCACGAAGGCUACAAGGCCUACCUGCGCAACCGGCAUGUGCUGGCCCCGCCCUGCGAGUCCUACAAGGACGCCAAGGACCUGUCCCAGCAGGAGGUCGUCAAAGGCAUGGCAACGAGCAACUUUACCCGGUCCCCGCGCGCUGGGGAAUCCUCCUCCUCGUCUAAAUCCGACACCCUAACGCCCUGGCCGACCACCGAGAUCCCACUCAUCGAGGACUACCGCAUGGUGAUGGCCAAGCGUGCCGUGUUCCAGAGCGUCGCCAGUAUGGGACUUCCGGCUUUCACGAUCCACUCGGUGGUGAAGUACUCCGGACGGAUGUUGAAGAACUCCAAGCUGGUGUUUUUGCGCACUUGGGCGCCUAUCGGUCUCGGUCUCUCCGUCGUCCCUUUCCUCCCUUAUAUCUUCGACGAGCCGGUCGACGAAGCCGUCGAAUGGACCUUCCGCACCGCUCUCCGCGCCUACGCCGGUGAAGACGCCGUCCGCCCCUUGCCGGCCACCGCGCAUAUCCCCGCCGACGACGCCACCUCUCUCAGCCACUUCUUGAAGGUCCGCGAAGAGCAGAACAGCAACGUCUCCAUGGGCUCGGAUGCCCGCUCCGCCGCCGAGACCAACAUCUCCUGGGACAAGUACAAGGAACAGCGUCUGCAGGCGAAGGAGCAGCGGAAACGAGAGCGUGAAGGACGCGGCGACAAGGGGGUGUUGGCGAUGUUGGGGUGGAAUAAUGGUGAUUCGAAGAAGAACGAGUAA